AUGCCGUACCUCCCAUAUGAAGAGCCUAGCAUUACCACCAUCCUCUCCCUCACAUCUCUCCUCAUCCUUCUCAAUGUCACUCGCUACAUCCUUGACCGCCUCUUAUACUGCGGCAUCAUCGCCGAGAUCCUGAUAGGCAUCAUUUGGGGCCUUCCAGUCGGCGGUACAGCAUGGCUCUCAGCAGGCAUGCAAGAAACCAUCCAAGCUUUCGGCUACCUAGGCCUGAUUGGUCUUGUGUAUGAAGGCGGUCUUAGUACCGAUUUGGAUCUGCUGCAUAAAAAUGCUGGAAUGUCCAUAUCGGUGGCGACAGUCGGACUUAUUAUGCCCAUCGCGUUGUCCUUCCUCCUGCUUCUCUUUCCAUUCUCCAGCAGUUCUGGGACUUCGUAUCCUACCCCGCUGGCAGCUUUCUCAGCAGGUGCUUCGCUUUGUUCUACUUCGUUGGGUACGACAUUUGCUAUUCUAUCUUCAGCUAGUAUGCAGCAGACGAGAAUUGGAACAGUGCUUGUUGGAGCUGCUAUGAUGGACGACGUGGUCGGACUGGUCAUGGUGAACAUUGUCACCACGCUUGGUGCAGGCGGCAUGGGCAGUUGGUCUAUUGCAAGACCUAUCGUCGCUAGUUUUGGCUUGCUUCUUAUUGUCUUGGCCAUUUCUCCCUAUUUAUUGAAGCCAUGUUGGCUAUUCCUUGCUAGGCAGCUGAAUCCUGUAGAAAGUGGGGAUGAAAGAACCUCGAACUCCAAGUCAUCUUUUCAGAGAAUUGCUGUGAGGGUCGUCUCAGGUGUUCCUCAUUUGAGUUUCUUGCUUUGCACAGCCGUCUUGGUUGUCUUUGUAACAAUAGCAGCUUUCAUCGAUGCCUCGAUAUUGUUUGCAGCAUUUAUCGCAGGUGGCAUGGUGAGCUAUCUAUGGAAUUCUCAGCAUAAGCAGGAAGUCGCUAGAGACGAUCGCCCAUUCGAUGCUCAGAUGCACAUGUAUGAGCGGUAUUACAAGUCUUCAAUGGAGUAUAUACUUGUACCUUUCUUCUUUGUCUCCAUCGGAUUUUCUAUCCCAAUCACAGAUAUGUUCUCAGGGCAGGUCGUCUGGAAAGGCAUCGUCUAUUCAAUACUCAUGAUCAUCGCAAAGGGAACUGUCAGCCUUGUCAUCUAUUCAGAUUAUUUGAUAAAGGUAUGGCAUAGCAGAUCAAAGACUUGGGCAUCUCCACGCAACACAAACAUACCUCUACGAUCAAUUCGAUACCCACAAACAGAUAACAGCACUCAAGAAAGCGUCUCAAUUCCACAUGAACGGAGGAAAGCUCCACAUGCAGAUGCAAUGCUCGUUGGAUUCGCCAUGAUUGCAAGAGGAGAGAUUGGUUUCCUGAUUACCUCGUUAUCUCAAAGUUCGGGGACAUUGACACUGAAGGGCUCCUCAAGCGGUGGCGGAGAGUCCAUCUUCCUUGUCAUCAUCUGGGCUGUGGUUUUGUGCACUAUUACUGGGCCGGUUGCAGUGGGGAUCAUAGUUCGCAGACAGCGAAGACAGCAGAUUGAGACGCAAGACCUCGCACAGAUUCAUGACUAUUGCAGAUGA